UUUUCACUCGAAAACGUGUCUAUUUUUAAAUAGCAUUCGGACGACACCGUGUAAUCUGGUAUUAUUUAAAAUUAUUUUAUUACUAAUACGUAAUUAUACACGCUUCUCUUUUAUACAACGCUGAUUUGACGUUCAGGGACGUUUAUUCGAAAACGAGGAUAACACGAAGUGAUCUGGCAACACAGAAUUUGCUGGGAAGGUUGGCCAGCGUUUGAGAGCGCCGUUAGGAGAUGUAUGCAUGCACAGUGUGUAGUGGAGACACUGUGGAGAUGCUCAGAAACCUGAAUAGAAAGAGCGCGGAUUAAAUCCUCGUCUUUUACGAACCAAGGAGCUUUAAAAAUAAAAUCCUCCUCGAAAGACCUACAGCAGUCCUUGGGGAGUUGGGUAAAAUCCAUGGUGGAUGUCCAUCAUGUUUCAUAAUGACUGUUUUAAAAAGGUGAGUAGUUGAAGUUUUUAUUUUGCUGCAGAUGAGUCUAAUCCUGUUUGCCAUGUGAGGAGUGAUAUGUAAGCCCAGGUGUCAUCCCACCUUGCGGGUGGUGGGGAGAAGAAAUGCUGUGUUCUAUUGCCAUGACAACAAGACUUAUCGUUCUAACCUGGCUCAUACAGACAUGUACAUGGGGCAAUCCCAUUGUGCCAGUUCCCAAGGCAGGGGAAAGGGAGCGGCUAGAGUGGGCACUAAGCCAUUCCAAGCAGGGCGAGGUGAACCCCAGUGGCCAACAGCGCCUGGAGGACAUUGAUAGUUUAGGACUAGAAGGGGUGAGAGGAGGCAACAAGACAAGCAGUAGCAAAAUGAAACCCACCUGGAGCUCCUUAAAGCGAGGAUCUAAACUUCAGGGAAAGAUUCUAGAGGUCUGGACUGAGCAGAACUCUGUAAGAAAAACUGAUGAAGAUCCAACAGGAGAGGCCAAUGCCUCAUUGGACACCACUGACGAGUAUGCAUACCCUGAUUAUAGAGGCAAGGGAUGCAUGGACGAGACAGGGUUUGUGUUUGCCAUUGGUGAAAAGUUUACUCCUGGACCCUCCACAUGCCCUUGCCUGUGCACGGAUGAGGGACCCCUGUGUGACCAGCCAGAGUGUCCAAAAGUCCACCCUCGUUGUCUGCGUGUGGACACCAGCCAAUGCUGUCCUCAGUGUAAGGAACAGAAGAAUUACUGUGAAUUCAGAGGAAAGACUUACACAUCACUGGAGGAGUUCAAGGUAUCUCCAUGUGAGAAAUGCCGAUGUGAACCCAGUGGGGAGGUUUUGUGUUCUGUCUCGGCUUGCCCGCAGACAGAGUGUGUGGAUCCUAUAUAUGAGCCUGACCAGUGCUGCCCAGUGUGCAAAAGCGGACCCAACUGUUAUGCGGACAAUGCAGUAAUCCCAGCAGGCCGUGAGGUUAAGAUUGACGACUGCACCAUCUGCUACUGCACGUACGAGGAAGGUACCUGGCGCAUUGAACGGCAGGCCACCUGUAGCAGGAACGAGUGCCAGCGGAGCUAGGGAUACCUCCAGCUUACACUACAAAACAGCCUUCACCUAGACAGCUGUCAAUCUGGGGGACGCAGCCCAGCUGGGCUCUGUAACGGCCCAACAGCAGCAUUGAGCCUCACGCACACUGGUGGGAUUUGGGGGGAUUACAUCUGUCAUGACUGUCAGUGACAGCUCGUCAUGAUCUGACCUCAGUAGCAUUGUUAGUUAGCCUCAGAGAAAGGCUAGUGGCCAGGCCACAUUGUUCUACAUUCCUCAUGCCGUUUCAGAGCCUGAAAUAUGACAUAAAGUGUCAUGUAAAGUGCUGUGUUCCUGAUACUGUUAUAUAAUUCACAAGCUGGAGCAAGGGGCAUGGGGGAUCAAUUCACUUAUAUUAUUACUUUGACUUUGUAUUGAGAUUUCUAACUAGUGUAAAAAAGAUAUUUAUUUACAUAUGUACUGAUAAAAUUGCGAAGACAGGAGGAAAUUUGAUUUACAGUUAAAUUAUAUUUUUUUAUAGCUACAGGAUUUUGAUAUGUUGUUAUAUAUAUAUAUAUAUAUAUAUAUAUAUAUAUAUAUAUAUAUAUAUAUAUAUAUAUAUAUAUAUAUAUAUAUAUAUAAAACAGGGUAAGAAUUUAGUGCUACUUAUUAGAAUGUAUACAGAAUAAACAGCUGUCACUGCGGAUGAAGGCAAAACAUUGUCAGACGUCAGGAAGACAAGCUGUAGCCAGCAAUCAAAUGAUAAACACACUUCUCAGCAUGUUACACAGCACAAUGGAUGUGAUAACAGUUUCAGCAAAUUAAAGGGGAAAAAUAGGAGCUGUUUAUGAUGUUUCUAUCUUAGGUUUUUCUUGUGCUCUGAACUGAAGUACAUUUUAACAAGAAAAUGUUUCUGUAUUUGUGUUUCCAUGUUUCAAAUAAAUCAAGUUACACUGUAAA